AUGUCACAGAGUGACGCGUCGCUGGUGACCCUGUCCAGUCCACCACGACUUGUCGAUAUCCAGUCGUCGCCUACACUUGAGGCACGUACAGCUCGUCGGGCAGCUGGUCCAUUGGAUCCUCUGUUUUUCUCAAGCUCGCCGACGCCUCCGCCGCCCCCUAAGAGACGUCCGGUAAAACGCGCCCCCACAGAGCACCAGCGAUGGCGCGAGGCGAAUCGCGUGCGUCGGCGACGAGCAGAUACGAUGCGCGACUUGAUCGUGCAUAUGGACACUGGGCUGGCCGAGGAACUAUGGAGUGAUAUUUAUGUACAGAUUCGCGCACGUCUUCAAGACGACGAGGCGACAUUGCGUCUCGUUCCACGCACGGCGCCCAUGAGCCGCCUUGUGUUUGAGCGCAAGGUGCGGUCCACAUAUGACCCUAUCCAGCAGCUGUGGGAGCCAUUGGCGGAUGAGCAAAUUGUGCGUGAGCCAACGCUCGUGUUUGUCGCUGCGGCGCGGCAUAUUUUGGAUAGCACCAACGAUGAAGUGUUAGCACAGAUGGACGAGUGUGAGCAGCGCAUUCUUUUGAUUAUGGGUCUUGAGUCUCUUUUGCGGCAGGUCCGCACACGCCAGAACCGCGACUACGCCCACAGCAUUCGGCAGCGUAUGCAAGGCCAUGCAUCAGACGUCCAAAUGCCUAAUGAUGAUACCCGCGAACGCAUCGAACGGCGACUCUUACAGCUGCAACUUGAACAUCAAUGCCAUAUCGUGCGCUUGGAAAAGCAGGAGGAGGCGGUCGAGUGGGUGCAUGCACUAGCCAGCGAUAUCUCGAUUCGGCCGUACAAGCGUAUCCAGUCCGAGGCCCCGCCACGCCGAGUCGCCAAGGCUGCCGACGAUGGUUUGCCUGCGUACCGUGCCAUGCUUGAGGAGAUUCCACGGUGCACAUCGCAGGCAUCCGCUGUCAUUUCGGCACAGUAUCCUUCACUUGCGUCGCUUGUCCAGGCGCUUCAGCGAGAUGGACCGGACGUGCUAGCGGACCUCGUCAGCGAUGGAGGACGGCCCACGAGACGCCUGGGGCCCCAGUUAUCACGCAGAAUUCACGCGGCAUUCACGUCUCGUGAUCCCAAGGCGUCCGCGGAGUAG